AGUGGAAGAGACCAUGAGAGGUCGUCUAGUCCAGUCCCCUGCACUCAUGGAAGGACUAGGUAUUAUCUAGACCAUCCCUGACAGGGGUGUGUCUAACUGCUCUUAACAAUCUCCAGUGACAGAGAUUCGACAACCUCCUUGGACAAUUAGUCCUGUGCUUAACCACCCUGACAGUUAGGAAGUUUUCCCUAAUGUCCAACCUAACCCUCCCUGGCUGCAAUUUACACCCAUUGUGUAAAUUAAAUUUUACAUGGUAAACCCCAAUGAGCCUUUGUAACAGUUCUAACUUUUCCUUAAAGAGGAAAAGAGGUUAUAUGUGUUUAGGGGACUUCUUUUACUGGCCCCACUGCCUGGAAGAAAGGACUCUGGGGUUUUUUAUCUUUACCUCAGUGUAUGUGUAAGACCAACUGCAACGAGAACACGGCUUGCUUUGAGGAGCUUUCUUUAAAGAUUCCCUUUUCUAGCAGCCUUUUUGAGCUGGGACAACCAGACCUGUGCGCAGUAUUCAGGGUGCGAUCCAGCGUUCACGGUGUAACGCAUUCCGGGUGCGCACACCUUGACUACAGCUGGAAACUGCUUAUACCGCCUCACUCGCUGUUGUUUCGGAGGCCCAGCUCCUCAGAGAGAGUCAGGCCCAGAGCGAUUCUUCCAGCAUGGGUGACUUGAUAUUCGACGGCGAUUUCUCUGACCUCUUCAAAGGCUACAAUUACACCGACUACAACACCGUCAACCCCAGCGCCGCAGCUGCCCCGUGCAAGCCCGACAACCUGAACAUCAACAAGUACGUGGUGGCGGUGGUCUACUGCCUGGUGUUCCUGCUCAGCCUGGUGGGUAACUCCCUGGUGGUGCUGGUCAUCAGCUACAACCGGCAGAACCGCUCGGUGACCGACGUGUAUCUCCUGAACCUGGCCAUCGCAGACCUCCUCUUCGCCUUCACCUUGCCUCUCUGGGCCGUCUACCGAGCCCACGAGUGGAUCUUCGGCACCUUCAUGUGCAAAGCCAUCUCGGUCCUGCAGGAGGUCAACUUCUACAGCGGGAUCCUCUUGCUGGCCUGCAUUAGCGUCGACCGGUUCCUCGCCAUUGUCUACGCCACCCGGGCAGCCACCGAGAAGAGGCACUGGGUUAAAUUUGUCUGUUUGGGCAUAUGGGUUUUCUCCAUCCUGCUCUCCCUGCCCAUCCUCCUCUUCCGCGAGGCCUUCUGGCCGCCGCACAACGGCAUGGUCUGCUAUGAGCGGAUUGGGGAGGAGAACACAGCCAAGUGGCGGGUGGUGUUGCGGAUCUUACCCCAGACCUUUGGUUUCAUCCUCCCCUUGCUGAUCAUGCUUUUCUGCUAUGGCAUCACGGUGAAGACCCUCUUCCAGACCAAGAACAGCCAGAAGCAGAAGGCCAUGAAGGUCAUCUUGGCCGUGGUGCUGGUCUUCUUGGUCUGCUGGCUGCCCUACAACAUCACGCUGGUGGUAGACACCAUGAUGAGGACCCGUGCCAUCGCUGAGACCUGCCACCGGAGGAACCAGAUCGAUGCGGCCCUGUCUGUCACCCAGAUUCUGGGCUUCACGCACAGCUGCAUCAACCCGCUCAUCUAUGCCUUCAUCGGGCAGAAGUUCCGAAACAGCUUCCUUAAGAUCCUGGUCUACCACGGCCUCAUCAGCAAAGAGUUUGUCUCCCGCUAUGGACGGGGGUCCUCCUUUGCUUCCACCUCCGGCAACACCUCCACCACCCUGUGAUGGCCACGCGACUCCUCCACUCACCGGGGAUAGCAUCCCACCACAGCUAGUGCCAAUGGCCGGCCUCAGCUUCUCAGGGUGAUCGGGACCAUGCAGAUUCUUUUAGCACUAUAGCCUCAGUUUACCAAGCCAACCAACACCGUCCAGACUCUUUUACCCAGCAUAGAUCAUUAUGCAGAUUACAAUUAUGCAGAACACAGCAGCAAAAAGCAGGCAUCUCUUCUCGGGAUAAUGCUAUGAAGUUCCUUCAACCCCUCCCCGCAGGAUAAUCCGAUUGUUCGCUGCCUGUCUCAUCUGGGUCACGCCCAUUAAAAAAUAAAUAACAACUCUAGACAAUCCAAGGCUGCAUUUCUGUACGCGGCAUCCCGAGCUCCCAGUCCCCUCGCACAGUGGAGUUUAGGAAUGACAUUAGAAAAACUUCCCUUCCCCCAAAGGCGUGAGGAACGGAGAGUCAGAGUGCGGGGUGGAGGUAGCUGUCAACAGUAGUGGUAUAAACUAAGCCUGGAGACAUACUGUGCGAGCAGGAAUAUUGUCCUUAACUCUGCCCCUGCAGCUCCAUCAGCCUUUUACGUGCAUUUUGCAUAUUUCCCACGGAGAACUGAGUAUGGUUCCAUAUUUUUUUAGAUGCAGAAUUGAAAAAUGUAAUUUGCCAAACCGUGCCUGCAAACUGUGGUCACUGGAUUUGUGAUCGUUCGGUCAGACGCUAAGAGAUGCGGUUUCAACGUGAAGGAGAGCGCUUCGUGACCUCGUGGAACAGGAAGGGUUAGGGGGUGUUUGAACAUUAGCUUUACAUCCGUUGAUUGUAUCAUGAACAUGGAAUCGUUUUGCUGAGUAGCCAAGGAUUGCUAGUUGGAUGGGCUUAGAUAGCUAUGCUGAUGUGUUACCAUGAUAGGCACUGUAGUGAAACCGUAGCUAGCUAGAUGAUAAGAUGUUUGGAUGAAUGCAUGAUAUUUGAAUUGUCAAAGUGUCUUUACAUUUGUGUACAGUUAUGACCUUUGGAUAAAUUAGAGCAAGGCAGGAAAGUUGUGACAAAGUUCCAUGCAGAUUCAAUAAGGUUUACUUUCAGUUUUAGUGGUGAACAUCUGGGGCUGGCAUCAGUGUUUUUCACUUCUAAAAAUAUAGAUAAUAAACUCUUGACUUCUACA